AUGGCUUCCAACCCUAUGGUCUUCUUCAACAUGGUCAUCGGUGGCCAACUUGCCGGCCGUAUCAUUAUGGAGCUCUACGCCGACGUGGUUCCCCACACCGCCGAGAACUUUCGGGCUCUCUACACCAGCAAGAAGGGCACAGGCUGCUCCGGCAAGCCGCUUCACUACAAGGGAUCGUCGUUCCACCACGUGAUCCCUGGGUUCAUAUGCCAAGGAGCCGACUUCACCGCUGGAAACGGCAUCAGAGGCGAGUCGAUCUAUGGCACCAAGUUCACCGAUGAGAACUUCGUGAAAAAGCACACCAGCCCUGGAGUCCUCUCUAUGGCCAAUGUCGGUCCCGGAACCAACGGAUCUCAGUUCUUCAUUUGCACUGCCAAGACCGAGUGGCUCAACGAAAAGCACGUCAAGUUCAGCCAGAUCAUCAAGGGCAUGGACCCUGAAACGUCUAAGGGCUGGCUAAAACCCAAUAAUAACUGGGUCUAA